UUUUCUUCACUUCGAGCAAAAUCUGGAGCUUUUCUUCAUCAUCUUCUCAAAACACUUAGCCAUCACAAAUCACCAUCUUUCAAAGUUUGGAUUUAGAUUCUAUUCGAUUUGGGUUCUACUCGAUUAAGGUUCAAGUUGGGUUCAAUUUGGGGGUUUUUCAUUCUGCUGAAAUGAGUGAGUUGGGUUCUACUCGAUUAGGGUAUUUCUUCUGCCCUAGAGAGAAGAUAAAUCUCAUUCUUUGCAAGCUCCAAACGGGGUAUUUCUUCUCUUAUUCUCUUCUCUCCCAGAAGCCUUAACUCCUCUUCAAGGCUUCAACAUCGUGCCUUGGCUCCGACACCUUCUUCCACCAAAUCCAAUCACAGCCACCAAACUCUAAUCAAAACCUCAUAAUGCCGUCGUCUUAUCUAGUUCUUGAAAGUCUACUCAUCUCUAGCCAAACCCCAACUCAACCCUAAAAAGAAUCUCCAUCAAAGCACCCGGUCGAAGUCUUCGCUCGAAUCCAAGACAAUCCAUGAGCCAAAGACACGCAACACCUGCGAAAUCAGUCAAGUUCAGUCAAGUUCCAAACUUGGUCUCAUAUUUUGUUCUGUAGUUGAGCUAUUUACUUAGAGAGAAGAUGGGAGUCAAGGACAAGAAAAAGAACAAGGAGCUUGCCCAGAGAAAUUUGGAGCCUGUUGAAAAGGAUAAAAGUUCAGGACCUUCAGAGAUGAGAAAGAGAAAAAGAGAGAAGAAAACAAUGGUGAUUCGAGAAAAGAUGUUCAGAUCUCUAUUGAAGAUAACUUGACCAAAACGGCCAAUGACAAGAAAAAGACAAAGAAACUGAGGAAAGGAAAAGGAAAGAACGUGAAGAACAAUCAGGAUUUGGAUGAUCCCUCUAAUACCAAUGGUUUUGAUUAAUUAAAUGACGAUGAAGCCGCAGAUGAUCAGAGCCAAUUCGAAGUUCAGGGAGAGACUGCAGGAAGUGUUGAAAUGGUGCUCAAUGAAGAUGAUUAGGGGUCCUGCUUUUAUAGAGGAACUACUUUUGAUGAUCCCAAAUGCGCAGUACUAUAAAAGAGGCACUUAUGACUUGAAAAAGAUUAUAGAGUAUGUAAAUAAAAAGGAAUUCACUUCUUUAAUUGUUGUUCAUACCGUUCACCGGGAACAAGAUGCUCUCCUAAUUAUUAGCUUACCUAAUGGACCUACUGCCCAUUUUAAGCUCUCAAAGCUUAUCAAGAUCAUGGAAAUCUAACCAGUCAUGAGCCUGAGCUUGUAUUAAACAACUUUACAACACGCCUUGGUCAUCGUAUUGGGAGGUUGCAAUCCUUAACUUGUUUGAAAUGUUUUCUCACAUUAUAUUAGAUGCAUUUUGGACUUUUUGGUUCAAAUACACCUCAUCACACAGUGUGGUAAUUUCAUUUUUUUUCCCUGUACAAUUAGUUUCAAGUGGUUUCUUAUAUAAGGAUGGAUUACCUUCAAGCUCCUAUUGGUUUUCUUCUUUCACCUGCUUUCUUCAGAUUAACACAGUCACUUUUCCCUCAAGAACCAAAUUUUCGUGGUCGGCGAGUUGUAACUUUCCACAACCAGCGAGAUUUUAUAUUCUUCCGGCAUCGUCGAUGUGCCUCCUUUGCUAUUUUUAGUUCUUGCAGUGAUCCUUUCUUAUACUUGUGAUCUUAUAUACUUUCCUUUCCUAUAGAGCUUUUUGUUUACUGAUGAUCAUUAAUUUCUAUGUGUUCAGGUACAUUUUUGAAACCAAAGAGACUAAACAGGUUGAAGUAAAGGGCAAAAAGACCAAGGAUUCCAAAGCUGACGCUAUUACUGAAGCAAAACCAUUUGCGCGCCUACAGGUUGGUGUCAAUUAUUUAUUUGUUCCUCUUGCAUUUGCUUUCUUGUCUCGAUCUGGUUUGGCCCAGGGCCCUGGCUGAAUUUCCUCCACCACUUGAAAUGUCCUUAUGUUUCGUUCUUGGUCCAUUUAUGUGACAUAGGAAGGCAGGGUAUUGCCACAUCUACCAUAGCAUGCAGUUUACGUUUAUUUCUUUAUUCUUUAUUGUAUCAUUUAUAAAUGUAGAUCUUAACGGU